AUGGGCCCACGACAAUCCCUCUUUUUCAACCUCAAACACGUCCACGCGCGGAGGAAAUGUCCAAGUACAUGCCAGCGUCGCAACUUUGCGGCAUCGACGUGCCUCUACCUCAGGACGACAGAGCUCGACGGCUCGAAACUCAGUGGUCUGCAAGUCAACCCCUCCCGGCUGUGGGAUACGAUCCACUCGACCGCGCAAUGGACGUCCAAGACCUUCUCCAGCGACAUGACGCGCGCGGGACUUUCGCGUCUCACGCUCACGGACGAGGACAAGCAGGCCCGGGACUGGUUCGUCGCCACGACGGAAUCGCUGGGCUGCAAGACCCACGUCGACCAAAUGGGGAAUAUCUUUGCUGUGCGACCGGGGUUGAACAACGACAGACCGGCGACGUUUGCGGGCAGCCAUCUCGACAGUCAGCCGAGUGGGGGCCGCUUUGACGGCGUGCUGGGUGUGGCUGCGGGGAUUGAGAUGUUGAGGGUCUUGAACGAGAAUUGGAUCGAGACGGAGGGCCCUGUCGGCGUGGUGAACUGGACCAAUGAAGAGGGCGCGAGGUUCCCGGUCAGCAUGAUGGGGAGUAGUGUUUGGGCCGGACGGAUUCCGAUCGAGAAGGCUUGGGCGUCGAGGAGUGUGAGUGUGGGAGCCAGGGACGCCACGGUUAAGGAGGAACUCGCCAGGAUUGGAUACCUGGGCGCUGUUCCCUGCAGGUUUGGAGACGAGGGCACGCCUUUGGGAGCUCAUUUCGAGCUACACAUCGAGCAGGGCCCGAAAUUGGAGCAGACAAGGCAGAAGGUCGGCGUCGUAGAGGGCGUCCAGGCGUAUAAGUGGUUUACUGUCACGAUUACGGGGCGGGAAUCUCAUGCUGGGACUACGGACUUCGAUUCGCGUGGCGAUGCCUUAUUCUUCGCCGCGACGUUCAUCCAAAAGGUUCGCAAGAUUGCCCAGAGUCUGCAAGGCCUUGCGACCAUCGGGAUUAUGCAGGUGAGCCCCGGCAGUGUCAAUACCGUGCCCGGACAAGUCACGAUGAGCUUGGAUCUGAGAAACCCGAUCGACAGGGGGUUGAGGCGGAUGGUGACGAAGGUGGAGGAAUUCGUCGAGCUUGUCAACAAUGGCACGGUACCGGUCAGGGAGCAGCAAGUUGGGUCGAAGAAAGCGAAGACCAGCAGCAGAACAGUACCAUCUGAAGAGGAGCAGAAAUAUGCCCGGAUGCGACAGAAUCCGCUCACAAAGGUCCAUGUGGACCUAAAGGAAGACUUCUCAAGUGAUGCCAUCAGGUUCAACGCCGCAGCAGUCAAAUGUAUCGAAGAGAGCGCCGAGAGUCUGGUUGGCCGGGACAAGAUCCAGAGAAUCACCAGCGGAGCAGGCCACGAUAGUGUUUGUACGAAUAUGCACUGUCCUACGGGGAUGAUCUUUGUGCCUUGCAAGGAUGGCGUAUCACAUAACCCGAGCGAAUGGUGUGAAGAGGAGGAUUGUGCGAUAGGGGCGAAUGUACUACUGCAUUCCGUGUUAAGAAUGGAUCGAUUGAGGAAAGAGAGCGGUGAACUCGAUUGA